AUGUUGACAGUCAAAGAAAAUUUUGACAGAAAGUUCUCAAAACUCGAAGAAGGCAAAGCAUACAAACUUGUUAUACCUUAUGAACCAAAGAAAGCAGACGACUAUGAAUAUUAUGAGUCUAAGAUAGUUGAAGUUCAAGGUAAAUUGGGUAAAAAGAUUUUAGAGUCUAAACCAGUGUUUACUCCUAAAGAGGAAGAGAACAUUGACAUUGACCCAGAAAUGUUCUAA